CAUUCCUACUUCAAUUUAGUUUGUGCUAUCAACCACAACCUCAACUUUGGUCGUUAAGUCGUUUUAUCUGUUAUUUCCCUAAAAUACUUUAUUUAUUUUAUCGAUUAAGAAUUUGAGAUGUUUUUAUUACAUUGGAUUUUUAUUACGAGAGGUCAACUACAGCUUUAUUUAAUUUUAUUACUUAUCGUAUUCGUCACUGUCGUUGCGCCCGGCGCAAAUGACUUACAUUUUCAUGAUGGGGCAUCUUCAGUAGAUACCGUUGCUGGUGAUGUAUUUUUCGAGAUAUUAGACCCUCCUGAGCUUAGAUACACCUACCGAAUUAGACCAGCAAAAGAUUUUGGAACAACCUUUAAUGAAACACUACGGUUUCAGAGGGCCCGCCUGGUGCCCACUGUGCCUUUGCAUAGCUGUUCAGAUAUAGUCAACCAUGAUGACAUAGUGGGGCACAUAGCACUAUCAGAGAGAGGGGAGUGCUCAUUUGUAUUUAAGACUGCGAAGGCUCAACAAGCUGGAGCGAGGGCUGUGAUUAUAACGGAGUCAGUAGACAAGUGGGAUGAAUCCCUUGACCAUUUGAUAGAAAUGGUUGAUGAUAAAAUGGAGUUAGAUGUGAACAUCCCCGCGGGGUUUCUCCUCGGCCGCAGCGGCGCGACUAUAUUGCGGACGUUACAAAGACUACGGAAAAAUUACGCAGUCAUAAACUUACCUAUUAAUAUGACACAUGUGCCUCUUAGCAAAAUGAACCAACCCCCAUGGAUAGCAUGGUAACCCAUCAACUUGAUAGUAGUAGGUCAGUUUUUUGUUGUUGCUACAUUUAUAUUUAUUUUAAGAUGUCCCUGAAUGGCCUAAGUGUACAAAGUUGUCUAUGGAAUAAUUUGCAAUUUUACAAAAGACGAAAGGUUUUUGUUUUAUUUUAUAGUAAUCUUUCUUAGGGCGAUUAAGGAUAUUGUUUCAAAGAGCAUGAUUAUUCUGUUGUAUAUUUACACAUAUCCUGUUACUAAUCAAUUACAGUUUAUUUUGAAAUAUUCCAGUAGUCUUUUUCCUUACUCAAUUGAAAAGUUUGUUCUACAGUUUAAUGAGUGCGUCAAGAUUUGUAUGCAAGAAGUACAAUAAUUCCAACUAAUACUAUAAAUGCGAAAGUAAGUUUAUGUUUGUUACCUCUUCAUAGUUAAAGGAACCAAUCUCCAUGAAAUUUUGCAUAUAGUAUGGAGGCCAGUAAAGGUCAUAGUAAUUUUUACUAGUGCAGAUUUCAUAAAGCUUAAGUAUUACUCCGAAAUUUUUCAUUCUGACCUAAAAGUGGGAAUAUAAGUGUAAUAGAAAUUGCGGAUUAUUAUUAUCCUGACCCGGUCGUAGGUUACGUUAAGAACGAAAGGUGUCAUACAGGUGGUCUGUGCAUCUGCUAUUUUCUUAUUAGUUCCUGAACUAUCCGUUAGGGAAUAAGACUUUCUGUAAAUAUCGCGCAAAAAAAAAAAUACAAAGUUAUGACUAAUAAAAUAGAUAGAUAGCAAUAGACUAUCAAAACAACUGACCUCUUAGUUUUUAAACUAUUCGCCACUUUGUAUUUUUUUCUCUGGUUAAAAAAAUCACAACAUCCGUGCAGAAAGUAAAAAGAGGCAUAAACAUACUGAGACACUGCUUCGCAAUAUACGAACGGAUGUUAAAGGUGCCUGACUAAACAUUUCACAGGUUAAACUUGACUUACCCAAUUCAGAAUAAUUGUGGUCAUAGGAAUACCCGGGGACUCUGCUUCAGAGAGGCGAGGGGCAAACGCCAGGAAGAUGAUCACUACACAGCAAUAAUAAUGUUUUGUUCUGAAUAAGUUCUAGUCAAUGAAAAUGUUUAGUUAAUUAUUCAUUAAGAUACUUUGAAAUGGAUUUUGCCGUUGAUAGCAGAUUGUUGGUUUACACAUUAAACACCCAUUAUGUUGACGUUGUGUUAUGUCCCUUUUAAUUUUGAUUGAAAAAUGUUGUUGUUUAUUGUUUUUUGUAUAAGAAAGAUUAAGACAAUGAAUUAAAAAUUUAAUUAUUUCCAUAUUUACCUUUUUUGAACGUUACUAAAAUUAAGUCAGCAAAGAAGUCUUAAAUUUUUUGUUCUCGUAUUUUUUGAGAUGUUUGAUUACAGUUACUAUCAUGUUAUUAAAGAAAACUUCAAUCGAAUUGCCGCAUACCAAAAAAUGCAUCAACAAAAAAUACGCAUUUCAGCAACAUAUAAGACUUUGCGCAUUUUACACCAGUUUUAGCCUAGGCUUGUCAAAAUAAAUGUAAAGGUAAAACUUACUGUUGAAACUCAGUUUUCUAGAUUAACAAAUAAUUUUAUAUUUUUGUUUUAUCGUGCCAAAAAUUAAAACAAUAUAAUAGCAGUAUAAAUUUUAAGCAGUUGGAAUAAAAAUUACAUCACAUAAUCCUCCAUACAUUCAGUGAAUAAAAUUUCAAGCUGUGCUGUGAUUUAUGCAAGUUUUUAUUGCAAUAACUUAGAUUAAAAUUACUUAACAAAAAAUAAAGAUUUGGAAAAUCAAUCACUUACUUACUCAACCAAACUUUUUUUAAAAUGAGUAUUUUGUUUCCAAUGGCGGAUAUCCCAUAUUGAGUAAAUAUUAUAUUCAGCGGCACUUUGAAAAUUUGUUCAAGCUGUUUUAUACACGUACAUUUUGUUGAUGGCAAUAAAUUAAUUCAAAAUA